GAUUCAUAUCCUUAUCUAACUUUAUGAUAAGAUAACUUUAUGAUUUAUGUAGGUAGUUUUUGAAAGCUUUGUUAAAAAUUACUGCAAUCACUAACAAGCUUUCAUCAAAUCCAAGAGGUACUGUGACUUUUUCAAGUUACCAUAUAUUACAAUAGUAAACCACUGGAAGCAAAUUACAGUACUGCUUUUGUCGGCCAGUUAAUUACCUAACCAAUGGAAUGAAGAUAACGUUAAUCGUGUGAGAUUAAAGUUGAUCUUCCAUAGAGAAUACAGGAGAUUAACAAAUGUUCUGUUGGGGUAUCGUUUAUCGUUUCUGUACCAUUUUAUUUCAUACUUGACUUGAACUUAACGUCCCCCUUUCCACUGAUUACAAAUAAUGCUAAUGGAUAUUUACUCUUUCCCAGGUCGAUCGAAAUAAGGAUACAACGGUUCAGUGAUUUCAGCGAUGUACUUAAAUCUCUCAAGCUGUACGAUCAGCUAAACAACUAUCGAGUAGAUAAAUUCCUCCAUAAAGUUUAUGCUUAUCAUGAGCUGCUUUCACACAGCUUUCCCACUUAUUCUGUAAUUAAUGACUUCACUAGCUUGUCUGCAAGGGUUGGAAUCUUGCUUUUAUUAUUUCGAUUUGUGAGUUACAUCGUUACAUGCGCGGUACGUCUUGUAAGGAGAAUCAGAAAAUGUUGUCUUCUUAUCUGGUGUUGAGUUGCACUGGAGGCGAGCCUUUCUUUGUGAUUCCCAGACGAAGCGUGGUGACCUCAUCUAACUAUAUCAACCGUUUCGGCUAUCUGGCAUAUGAAGUAGAAAAGACAAAACACUUUUUUGAUAACUUAUUAGAUAAAAAAGUUCUUGAACUAGAAAGGAAACAUGCGGAAUAUAUAUAUUUGGAAGAUGCUGAAUUGCAAGAGUUGAUGAAGCUUGAAAUGCACAGUCAGAGGACAUUGAAACUCAGUUCUAUUGAUUUGAUCAUCAAAAACAAAUUCGAACAGUGGAGAAUGAAAUAUUUGAAGAAGCUGAUGUCCAUUGCACUACACAAAGAAAGUGAAUGUCGGAUGAAAGCCGUUGAUAUUCUGAGUAGAUGCAAAUUAACUGAUAGACAGUAUGCUCAAUUGGCGCAAAUGUGUGAUGCAAGGACUGCUGUGAGUUUGGCAAGAACAAAAGAUACGGAUAUUAGAUAUUUUAGAACUCGCACCACGCAUCCUCACGGAGAGUUCACUGUCAAGGAGCUGAUAAUUGAGAUGCGAGAUUUGCUUGUGGAAAUCAACAAGAAGAAGGAGCACCAAUGUCUCACUUAUUUCCUUUCCACCACUUUCCCUGGAUUCCAAAACGAGCAAGGAACAUUUUUCGAUAUAGAAUUGAGAGGUCGGUUGAGAACACCAUUUCAAUACACAGAAGAAAUCUUAUUCAGGUGUUUGAAAGAGCUUGUGCACUACUGUGAGGUGGGAAACAAUGCUGCCGAAAUUUACAGAACAAAAGGAUUACAAAUUGCCAUGGAUGUUUAUAGAAGUAUUGAUAACAAAGAAAGAGAUAUACACAUGAUUGAAUUCGUCAAAUUCAUUCAAAAUGUUUCACUGAUACCAAAUACGCUCCAUCAACUUUUUGUAACAGGCUGGAUCAAAGUACUAGCUGAAUGGCUACAUCACGAUGACAGAACGAUAAGUGUUAAGGCGGCGCAUGCCCUGGCCAAUUUGGAUGAAGAUGAUGCAUUCACCGCAUACUAUGGCAAGAAUGUGCUUUUGCUGCAUCCUCUGCAUCACCUGUUCAACGCCAAGAGCUUUGUUGAUGUCAUUUUCGUGCAUGGCCUGCUUGGAGGAGCUCUGUCAACAUGGCGUCAAAGAGAGCGAGGCAGCAGUGAUCUGCCCAUAACGCUCUAUGAUUUGAAAAAAACCGAUCCUGCUAAGAAAAAGUCGAAAUUCAAAAGAAGUGACAAGACAGCAGAUAAGUACAUCAAGACUGUGACUAAACUGAAGCGUCAAGAGUGGGAGAAAAUAGGAAAUGAUUUUGAAUUUGUGUUUUCCGAUUUUCCAUCAGAGUGUGAGACUGAUGAUGAAGAUCUUACUCUUCCUGGAUCUGACAAAAUAGUUGACCAUUUCUUGGAGGAUGAGGAGCUUGAGUAUACGACAAGCUGUUGGCCUCAGGAUUGGCUGUCCAAGGAUUAUCCCAGGGCACGCAUUCUUAGCAUUGAUUACAACUCGCGUUUAUCAGAUUGGCAGUUCUGCUGUUUCAGAUAUGACAAAAAUGACAUUCAAGCAAUAGCUGAGAAUCUUCUAGCUCAACUGAUUGAAAGUGGUGUUGGUGAUAGACCUAUAGUUUGGGUCGCUCACUCCAUGGGAGGGCUCAUACUCAAAAGUAUGCUCUUGCAAGCUUGGGAGAGAAAUGAUACUGGAAUGCAGAAUUUCCAUAAAAAUACAAAAGCGAUCAUUUUCAUAAGCACACCUCAUUUUGGAUCUCAUAUUGCAACAAUGUUUGAUACAACACGCAGUAUUUGGAUGCCUUCUGAAGAGGUCAAUGAUCUCAGAACAAAUUCAAAAUUUUUAUUAGAAUUGCAUGAAGAAUUCAAGAAAUGGGCAACUGAGUUUCCGGCUCGAGUUGUCACAUUCACGGAAACUAGAUCAACUCAGUUAUCUGGACUUGGACUUCAGUUUGAGUUUUUCAUUGUUACUCCAGAAUCAGGAAGUCCAGAAAUUGGGGACAUUUUCUACCUUCCUUAUGAUCACAUCAAUAUCUGCAAGCCAAGUAACAGUCACCUUCGUCUCCGAGAGGAUAUUGUGACGGAUGGACACAAAAGACAAGAAGUUUUAUCGAAUGCAAAAAUAACUGAUGAGGAUUACUUCGUUGCUCCACCCGGCAACAUUCCAGCAGAUCCCUCUCAAUCAGCAAACUUUAGCAGUGAUGAGUCGCACAAGUGUAUGGAACAAAUAGACAGAAAACACGCUUCAUAAUGAGUAGUUUGAAGAAGAUAUUAGAAUUGGCCGAUACCCACGGCUUUUUUUCUCCUGUGAAAAAAUUGGGAGAGAAUUUUGUCAACAGUUUUUGUCUUGGUCCAACUGGUGAACUCCUGGCGCAGAACAUUCAAAGGGAAUGGACGAACAGUUGUGUGUCGUCUGGGUUGCCUGAUACUGUUUUUCAGCACUAUUCGCCUUCCUCGGAUUUGCCUACUUACCAACGAGUAAAGAGUGCGUUCAUCUCAUCUAAGAAUUUGAUGAAUGGAAAAGUGCCGUUUGCUCUGGUCGAGGUGAGAGGCGUGCAACAAUUCGAAGAGGAAUGUGACGAUCUCAUGCCUCGAACACGACACCCACUGCAUUAUCUUGCAUUUGUCAGCCAAAAGUCAGGACAACAGUUUUUCUACAGAUGGCAACAGCAUCGACAUAUGUGGUGGAGAAAGUUGUCAAUGGAUCAAGGGAGAUUUUCGCUAGUUGAGAAGAAAGGAGCUAGCGUUGGCCAAGUGGACAUCACAGUCAAGUUUCCUUGGGGCGAUUUCACAGUAGAAACCAUUAAAAACUACGGUAUUGAUUUCUUCGGGAGUGUGGAAAAUGGCGACAAAAGUGGAUUUGAAGUAUUGGACAAUAGAAAAAGGGGUUUGCCUUAUGUGGUGGAGAGUAGUUGCACACUAGAAGCAGCGAUGCUGUGCUACCUGUGUGACGGCUUCUCCACGUCGGGCAAAGCACAGUUCACACUUCAUAGAAGACUUGCUCCUUACAAGGUUGCAAUUGCAGCUGCAGCUGCAGUUCAACCCACUACAGCAGAGGAUCUGGACGAGCUUGAGGAGUUGGCUCGCUACCUGAGCAUGCAGCUAAAUCGCGGAGGCGUGUGCUCGCCACCCCCCGACCUGCGUCGUCCCCUAGACACCCAGCUGGCGCGCUACCACGCACUCGCGGUGCCCUAUCUGCUGCUGCUCUCCCCGGCCACCCUAUCCACCUCCAUUGCACUGCUGCGAUCGCAACUCACCUCCGCCAAGGAGGAAAUAAGUCUAUCAAAUCUGAUCAGCUAUAUGGAACAAUUGACGAAAAAAGUUUGACAUCCAAGACUUUGUUUUGGUGGCCUGAUUAUGUUUAUAGUUUGAUAUUAUAAAUAGUUAGUUUCAAUGUAAAUAAAAUAAUAUGGAUUUAUGAUUGAAA